AUGGCAUAUUUGGCUGAAUACCUUCCUAGAAUUGGAAUUGUACAAAUUUCUUUCACAGAUAAUUACGAACUUGAUCAUAUAACUGAAAAACAAGUUUUAAUGAAAAAUGGCGAAACGUUUAAUUUACCUCAUCAAGUAAUUUUGGAUCCCGGCAAUGAUGCUACCUCCAAAAAUGUAAAAAGCUUGGUGAAUGAAAAGGUAAUUUCAAUUAGAUGUAAAGCUGUUGGAGGGGCAAGAUUGAAAAGCUCUGCAAAUCACUCGACUUUGUGUUUUUACGAAAAAUGGAACAGUAUAGAGUUGAAAAAGCUCCAUGGCUUCUUUUUAGUUUGCAACAACUGUCAAGAAAAGGUAUUAGAUUCCAUAUAUUAUGACAAAAUAUAUGAUUUACCAAGCGAAAACUGGACAGAAUUGAUGGAUCUAUGGCACUGUCACAAACCUGAUGAGAAUGUCAACUUUUUUUAUCAAUCUAGUAUGAAUAACUUAAUACCUGCAAACAAAGAACUUUUCAUUGGUGAAUCCUAUUUUUUAAUAAAUAACUCAAAUGCUUGUUUAAUAAAAGGCAAACUUAUAGAGUGCAAAAAAUGUUUUUCGGAGUUAGGUAUGCUCAGUGCAAAUGGUUAUAAAUUUAAUAAAUGGAACUUAUGCCUAAUUAAUAAUAGUACCGGUGAAUUGUCGUAUUUUAGACCUUAUGAAUUUGUAGUGCAGAAUAUAAUGCAACAUGUGAAAUCCAUGGGAGUUCGAAGAUUUAAAUUGAUAACAAGAGACGGAAAAAGUAUUUUUCUAUGGUGUUUUGAUAUUGGUACCACAGUUUUAAUUAAUAAUGAAAUCCUAAUGGAAAACUGUAUUAAGAUUUUAUACAAAGACGAAGAUAGUAGUGAAAAACACGCAGAGGAAGAAAUAACGGUUCCAAAAGAGUGUUUUGACGAUUUUAUGUCGUAUUUAAUUCUAGUUAACUCGAAAUUGCCCGAUCCGUCUUUCUUGGGAUGGAGACUUAGCUAUAUUAAUUACAUAUCAUGA